AUUCUCCAUUUGGACUUGCUGAAGCUGCGCCUCACCUUCCCGGGCGCAGCGGCGGCGGCGGCGGCGGCGGGUCCUCUUGCGCACGCCUUGGUAGCGCGGCCCCUUCCUUUCCCUUGGAGCCCUCCAGCAACGCGCAAUCCCGUAGCAGCUGGUUGCCGCCGCUCGAGACAAGCAGGCUCGGCGUGCUGCUUGAGCCUCUGCGGUGCGAUGGGACUGUGAUAGCCAAAAGCGGGCGUAAGUGAGUUCCGGAGUAGCGAUUUGCCUGUGACCAGCUGAGGGGAGUUGCUGAAACCGAAGCGCAAAACCGCCAUAAUGAAGCACUUCCUGAGAAGAUCUCCAAUGUCAUAAGUUUAAGAUGGAGGAGUAGUAUAUCAUUUAAAGAAUGCUUGUCCAGGUGUGCCUGUACUUCUAUUGUAAAUGCUUGUGGCGCUGCCUGAAAUUUGUGGUGAGGAAACUGACAGGACGGUGUGAAUUGCAAAGGAUCUGCUACAAUACGAAACCUGGGGCUGGCAGAACUAUGAAAAUUGAAACAUCAUUGAGGAGUUCAAAAAAUAAGUUGCUCCAAAGUUCAGUGAGUGUUCAUCCAGAUGCUAUUGAAAAAACUAUAGAUGCCAUCAUGGAACUUAAAAGGAUUAACCUGGAUGUAAACCCACAGCUGGGUGUAUCUCUGCAGGCCUGCCUCCUACAGAUUGUAGGGUACAGGAAUUUGAUUGCAGAGGUUGAGAAGCUGCGUCGAGAGCCCUAUGAUUCUGAGGAUUCCCAGCACGAAGAAAUGCUUCUGAAGCUAUGGAAAUCGUUGAAACCAAAUUCCCCGUUGGAAGCUCGGAUUUCCAAGCAGUGGUGUGAAAUUGGUUUCCAAGGCGAUGAUCCUAAAACAGACUUCAGAGGAAUGGGCCUCCUGGGAUUAUAUAACUUGUUAUACUUUGCUGAACGCGAUGCUACUGCGGCUCAGCAGAUCCUCUCUGACUCCCUUCAACCAAAAUACAGGGAAGUCACUAAAGAGGAGCUAAGUAAAUUCAGCAAGGCGGAGUGGGAGAAGAAAAAAUAUGAUAAAGCCAUUGGAUACUCCUUUGCUAUUGUUGGCAUUAACAUAACAGACCUUGCGUACAACCUACUUAUCAGUGGUGCUCUGAAAACACACUUCUACAACGUUGCUCCAGAAGCUCCGACAUUAUCCCAUUUCCAGCAGACAUUCUGCUAUUUGAUGCAUGAAUUCCAUAAAUUCUGGAUUGAAGAGGAUCCCCUGGAUAUCAUGGAAUUUAACCGUGUGCGAGAGAAGUUCCACAAGCGAAUCCUCAAACAGCUCCAGAACCCGGAUAUGGCUUUGUGUCCACACUUUGCUGCCUCAGAAAGCUUAAUCAACCUGUAGCCGUCAACUGGGUUUGGUUUGAAAACACUGCCUCAUUCUUGUGUUACGCCACCAUCUAGAGAUAAAUCGCGAAUGCAUUGAAUGAGCAUAGCGAUUGUAUGCAUGCUUCUUGGUGCAGUAUUCAUCUCUCUUUCUCUCCCUUUCCAGCUUCUCCUCAUGCCGAUUCUUUUGAGGGGUUUUGUCAUAAAAAUGGAGAGCUCCAAUUGCAGCAUUUUGCAGUGUUAAACAUUUUGAAUCGAUGUCCUGUAUGAGGUUUUUUUCUAUUUUUUUAGGAUCUUACCCAUCCACCCCACUGAUGCCUUUCCACCCC